UGGCUUUCGGGUCGCCCAGUUGCCAUGGAGACCGGUAGUAACACCAGUUGUAAACCCGAGGCUGAGGUACUAUGGCCACGUUAGCUCGUCUGCAAGCUCGCUCGUCGUUUCUAAGAAAUCAGUACUAUUUUAGGAAUUGCGCUGUGGAUGCAUUCAGAAAAAAGGAGCAUGAUGCAGCAGUUAAAAUCCAGAGCUGGUUUCGGGGAUGUCAAAUUCGGGCACACAUAAGACAUUUACACAAAAUAGCAGUAAUUCUUCAAAAAUGUUGGAGAGGUUUCUUGGACAGAAAAAAGCAUCAACUGGUUGUGAAGGUAGCAUAUUAUACUAUGAAGAUGAAUCUCUACAAUGCAAUGGCUGUCAGGAUUCAGAAAGUAUGGCGAGGAUAUAGGAUUCGAAAGUACUGCUUUAAUUAUUUUUAUUUGAAAGAAUACCUGAGAGCUGUUUCAGAAACCAAUGAGGCAAUUAGGGAGACACUGGAGGAGUUUGCAGAGAUGCAAGAGAGAGAGGAGAAGAAGGCUAACCUGGAAAGAGAAGAGAAGAAAAGAGAUUACCAGGCUCGAAAGAUGCAUUACCUCCUCAGCACAGAGCAGAUCCCAGGCAUAUAUAAUUCCCCAUUCAGAGCUGAGCCUGAUCCAUGGGAGUUGCGGUUACAGAAGGUGAAGCCUUUAAUACACCCACGGCCUGCAGUGAAGCACAUGUGUUCGCCAAGUCUUACCGAUUGGCUGUCUUGUCCGAGUGCUCUUUCUUUUCCUCAGUCCAAGUUUCUGCCACCUAUUACCAGGAAACAAUGUCAGGGUCCCUUUCGAAAUAUCAAUGAAGUGUUAGAACAGCGUUACAAGCCUUUGGAGCCGACAUUACGUGUAGCCGAACCAAUCGAUCAGUUAAGGCUGGCCAGAGAGGAACUCAAAAGAAAGGAAUGGCUGCGAAAUGUGAAUGACAGAAUGUUUUUACCAUUUUCUUCUUACCAUAAAAAUGAAAAAUACAUUCCAUCAAUGCACGCAUCCAGCAAGUAUGGCCCUGAGUCCUGGGGAGCACAACAUUUCCGAACAGAAAAUCCUAAGAAAUGGAUCUGUAAUAAGGAUUUCCAAACUGUGUUACCAUCAUUUGACCUUUUCUCAAAGUAUGGAAAAUCAUAUUCAAAAGCUGGCCAGAUUAUAUAAAG